UGAGUUUGCGCAAUCCGCGCUUUGGAGUUGCACGGUUGAUUGUGAUUUGCUUGACGGUUCUGGGUUGCAGAAAAUUGGAAAUUCAUUAUUGAAAGCCUUGGACUCGUCUCGAAAUUAUACACCUCGUUUAACCGUCGCGAGGUUUUUUUUACCAUUUUAUAAGAACGGAAAUUGAAACACCGUCUAAAGGGGUGCGGAAGAGUAACGCGAGGGCCGUCAAAAUGUCGCUGGAAACAGCAACGUCGAUGCAGUGAUCAUUUUCUGUUUGGGGUAAAGAAAGACACCAAGAACCUGAACCAGCAACAAAUUUGAGCAGGAAGGUUAAACAAGCUGCCUGUGUAGCCUUGCCACCUGAAGAUAUUAGCCAAGGUGGCAUAGAUCUCGUGAAGCUAUGGCUACUGCUGCUAAGGGGCGAAUUGGCCAAGUCUUUGCCUGGCAGAUAUCAUCCAGAUGGAACUUCUAGUACCUGACGAAUUGUGCAGUUCCACAAUAGAAACAAUGGUCUCCACACGUCAGAUGAGCAGUGUGGGAAGUGGUAAUGGUGGAAGUGCGGUCGGUGAUGGCAUUGGGGAUGUUGGCAUACCUCGCAAGAGUCAAGUGCAAACGCAGUCGGGACAGUCAUCUACAGCUCAAGUUGCAGAAAGCACGCCUCCUCUGAACACUCAUCUCUUGGAUCUGCCUGUUGAGAUUCAGGAGAAAAUACUUGGCUAUCUUGACUUCAAUACCAUUGCCCACUUGCGUCCCGUGUGCCAUCAGAUGGAUCGAGUGUGCGGGUCUAUUCUCAGCUCAACUUUUCAACGUCUCCAAACACAAAUGCUCUGCCGUUUUCAGGCAAUUAAAGCACAAAUGCCAAGACGGGAAUCCGCUCGACGAAAUCAUCCAUUGGCUUGCGAAUCUGAUAUUAUAGAGACCUUGCAUAUGCGACUUACUCUCCUACAGAUGAGCUUUGGAAAGCACAUAGAACGCAAACAUUGUUGUUUCUUUCCAGGAGAGAUUUUGGAUGAGGUGUAUCGUAUUUUACAUUACAUACGAGUUACUCCAAAGCUGGCUCGGCCUUACAAAGUGACUGAUGAAUUGUUUGACCUUAGUACAAUGGCAAUGGAGUACUUCAAAGAGCGCUUAGAACCCACUCUCCCUGAAAUACCGUACUUUGGAACUGAUUUUCUUGAUCUCGCAGGCACCUUUUCCUCUCCUAGUAAUGUAAGCAAACCAUUUAUGUGCCUGGAUUCUGCACCUUUGAGUACCGGAGGAGGCAAAGGUGGUGGAAGUAGUGGGGGCGAAGGCUCGCCGCCCCAUUCUUCUGAUGAUCCUGGUUUGUUGGAGUCCAACGUCGCGCCUCCGCAAUCUAAUAUGGUCUUGCGCAAACGCAUAAGAAAAAUUAAACAGGGAAUGAAGCGAUACAACAGCCAAUUGACAUUGAUGCGCAGAGAUUUGCGUGGCUGCAAAGCGAAGAUAGCUGAGCAGCAAAAACAAAUUUUAGAAUAUGCUAGCCGACUUGAUGAUAAUGAUAAGAAGAAUGAAGAGACUUCACGGAAGUUUAGCACUCUUCUACAGGAUCAUCAUCUCUGUCACGUGAAUAUUCUACAGGAACUAAACAAGUGCAAAACAGAGCUACAAUAUUGGCGUUCUAAAUCACCGGCUAUUCCGGCUUGUGUUGGAUGCGGACAAUCGAUGCCGAUGCCGACGGAGGAUCUGCAGGCUCUGGCAAACCAAGGUGUCUUGCCAGAAGCAUUGGGAGAAACCCUAGAUUUUGUUCCAAUAACAGAGGCUCGUAGCCCCUGCACAGAAAUGAUGCCGAUUCUUCUGAGUCAUCCAGCACCUGUGGAAAUGGCACCACCAAAAGCACCAGCACCAUCUAGCUUGACUAAACGAAAAUCUUCUGCUGAUGAUAUGCCAAGUGAUGCAUGUAAGAAGCCGCGACGUUCGUCAAAAUCUCGUCAGGCUAAACGCUCAAAAAUCUAAAUCAAUUCUGACCAUGGUACAAAUAUCUAACAAACAUCUUGAUCAUAUUGGAUCUGUAACAAUCAAAAUUCUGUAUACCAUUAUGUAGCAAUGAACUUAGACAAAUCAAACCAAUUAACAAUAUUCUUGCUAAAAUAUCUUGAUCAACAGUUUCUUGGCUGUAGUUUUAUAGAUUGCUGCUCUACAGGCUCAGCAAUGAAUAUUAAGUUGAGAUUUUUUGGUAUUUUUAUUAUGCUUGUGCCCAUCUUCUUACAGUGUAACGUGUCAUAUGGGCUGAUAAAAUAAUACUUUUUGUUGAAUACUGUUAAAACAUAAUGUAUACAGACUUUGUUCAGGUCCUCUAUAAGGAUAAGAAUAUUAUUAUUAUCAAGGCACCCGAUGAAAAUAGAAGAAUGUCGAUAAAGGAAAGAUUCCUAUUUGUUAUUUCUGAUUCUGAUGUUUGAACAUCCGUAAAUAUCAAAAGUCACGAAGGAUUCAUUUUUUACUUGC